GCUCCUCGCUUCUUACCAUUCCGUGCCCCCCGCCCCGGGGCCACAGGCUUCAGGAAGCGGAAGGGCUGCGGGAGGCGGGGCGCGGAGGUGCCGAGGCCGAGGCCCAGCCGGCGGCUCCACGCGGUCCCAGGCAUGGAGGGCGGAGAGCCGGCGGAGCUGGGAGGGCCGACCCGAAGCGCUGGAGGAUCAAUCACGGCCCCGAUCCCGAGCGCGGAGCCCGGCGCCACGCCAGCGGGACGGCGCAGCAGCCCGGAGCCGCGCACACGGCUGGACGGGGCCGCGGCGCGCGCGCUCCCGCUCCCGGGGCCGCGCACGGGCUCAGCCGCUGCAGAAAUGAGCGCGAGCGCGGAGGAGCAGCAGAGCAGGCCCGGGAAAAACAAGCUCUCCCUGGCCGGGUGUGAAAUAUGUGGGACUGCGGAAGCGAAAUACAAGUGCCCUCGAUGCAUGACUUUCUCCUGCAGUUUACUCUGUGUGAAGAAGCACAAGACAGAGAGCGGAUGCAGUGGUGUUCGAGAUAAAACAGCGUUCCAGUCCAUUGCUGAUUUCACAGAAACGCAGCUCCUCAGUGAUUACAGGUUUCUGGAAGAUGCUGGGAGACUGGCAGACAGCGCACAUCGAGACACCUUCGUUAACCGACCAACGUCCACUAGAGCCCUAAACUUCAUGAAAAACCGUGCUCGAAAGUGCGGCGUAAACCUGAGGCUUCUGCCCAUUGGCUUCACCAAACGAAGGGAGAAUUCAACAUUUUACCACAAGAAAGACCAGAUGUUCUAUUGGCACGUGAAGCUGGUCUUCCCUCAGAGCUGUGCUACCUACACGGAGAAGAGGGUUGCUGAUAGCAAGACAUUGGAAGAGCUUCUGAGCAGGUUCAUUGACCCAUUGGAAUCUGACCCGGUCAUUCGACAGAAGUUGAAAACUUACGUCCUGGCAUCUCCUGACCAAGUUUGCAUCUUUCUGAAGGUGGAGGGCCGGAAGUGCAGCUCUGUCAGGCAGGGGAGUCGAAAACCGGAGGCAGAUUUGAAGGGGACCUGGACAAGAUGGUGGCUGUCAGAGUAUCACAGGCUGGAGUCAAGUCAAACACUUGCAGAGAACUUGAGACAGAAGACAGUCAUUGAAUACCCCACAUUAUAUGUGGUGUUGAAGGCGAAUUCUUCCAACUACCGGUUACUCAAUGACGGUAACUCAGAUGAAGGUUCUCAGAACAGCACGGACUCCUCGUCAGAGGAUGAAAUGGAAGACGGGGAGGUCAGAUAGGUUCCAGAGUAAAUCUGUUUUGGACCCAACGCUCUGGCCUUUCUCAAUGCAGAGUUGGGUGGGACCAGCUUCAAUUCGUUGUGUACUGGGACUUUGUUCACGACACAUUUGGAAGCAUUAUGUUUUGUAUACGAUCAGAAUAAAUUUGCUAAAGAAUCUCA